AUGUCCCAUCAAGCACCACGCGAUCUUCCAGAUUUCUUGCAAAAUUCACCUUAUCUUCCAGUCAUGAAUCUUGAUAUCGACGAGCCACCCCCUCUUAAAGCAGCCAAACCGAGUAUCGCGCAAAUACUUCGGUCAAGACCUGUUCGAACAACUAUACCCAUCGUUAUUUGUGGACUCAUUAUACUCUUAUUACUUCCUCAUGGGACACGUAAAGCAAAAGAAUUACAUCUUCAGUACAAAACUCCUGCAUGCUUGAAACAGGCUCCGGUUGUUGUGGAGCCCCUGACGGGCGAGGAGACAGGUAUUGAGUGGAAUAAAUAUGCUUACAUUACAUAUGCAACCUCUCAAGACCAUUUGUGUAAUGCAUUGAUGUUGUUUGAGUCGCUAAAAACGCUAGGAAGCAAAGCGGAAAGAGUAUUAAUAUAUCCACAAUUGUGGAGAGAUGAAUGGAUUGAGGAUGUCAAUGGGAAGGGUCUGGAUAUCAUCACUGAGAUGCUGAUCCAAGCGAGAGAUGAAUACAAAGUGGAAUUGAAAAAUGUGGAAAUUUUGAAGCACAAACAUGGUAGCCAGGAUGAAUGGGCGGAGAGUUAUACCAAACUCCUAGCUUUCAACCAGACAUCUCACGAGAGACUUCUCGUUCUGGAUUCCGAUUCAAUUGUUUUGAAGUCCAUGGAUGAAUUGUUCCUUGCUCCAAUGUCAGACUCAACGCAACUCCUUGCACCACGAGCGUACUGGCUUGAUUCUGAAGGUGUCCCUCAAUUAGCAUCCCACAUCAUGCUCAUCAAGCCGUCAACAACAGAAUUCUUACGGCUUGAAAGUGAGGUCAAAAAAGCCCGUGUGGGCAUCUACGAUAUGGACAUCAUUAACUCUGUCCUCACACAACAAAAAGACUCCUGUGGCUUGAUAGAUCAUCAAAUAUACUCACUUCUCACAGGAGAAUUCAGAAGACCUGUCGAUAAACAUAGAGGCUUCUGGGGGAAAGGUCAUGAAACUGAUGUAUGGAAUCCAUUGCAAGUGUUCCGAAAGUCAAAGUUUGUUCAUUUCAGUGAUUGGCCUUUGAAGAAACCGUGGCAAUUGAAUGACAUGGAAUGGAUCGGAAAGGGGCCGACGUGUGAUGCGGUGCCGGAUGGAGAUGAUUGUAGAGGAAGAGAUAUCUGGGAGGGGCUGUAUGAUGACUUUAGGCAGAGAAGAGUGGGAAUUUGCGGAUUGGAAUAA